AUGCGGGACUGCUGUCGCGGAGUCACAGUCACAGAUCCCCUUGUUGACUCGCUCAGUCUCCGGGUCUCCUCCCUCUCCAACUCUCCUCUCAAGGUCGAAGGCGACGGCGUUCAAGGGCCGGCCGGCCGGAGCAACCGCCUCAGAUUGCUAACACCCGGCCUCCUCGUCUCCCUCAAGCCGGCAGCUGCAUUUCUUCCUGAAAUCCCAAGGUGCGAAUGGAUAUACCAUGGAUUUCGGACAAAAGACAGCGGCGGUAGUGACAUUCAUGAAAUACACGGGGGCCAUGAAAGGCUUCAAGGUCGGUGCAGCAGCUGCCGCUGUAGUAGCCGUGACCACGGCCGCCAUAUCGGGGAAAGACACGAACAAAUGCAAUCCCAAGCCAAGAACAAAAUGAUGAUAUAUGCUCAUCGGUUGGUGGAGAAGCUAUCUUCAAGUAUCAUGCUACUUCAUGCGUUGGACAAUGUCACACCCAGAAGUCAUGUUGUUGUGAGCAGGACAGUGGAAUUUUUGAGUAAAACACAUCCAUGGUCAUUAAACUUGGCUCUAAGUUUAGUUUGAUCACUAUCUGGGGUGAAGCUAGAACAAAUAAACCAUUGUUGUUAGCUUUGUUAUUUAGUGCCAUUCUUGUACUUGUAAACAGUGAUGUGAACUAUCUAAUGAAGUGUUUGGCAAAUUA